AUGACAAGUAAUGUUAUCAAAUAUAUAGAUGAAGAAUUAGAAAAUCAAAUAAGUGAUGAAAUAAAUGAAAAUGAUGACGAUGAAGAAAAUAAAAAUGAUUUUAUUCGACGUUAUUUUGAUCGAUAUACUUCAGUAGAUGAACCAUUAAGUGGUGAACAUACAAUGAUUAUGGUAAUUAAUAGUGAUGAAUUAAAACAAUAUGUUGAAUCAAAACCUCUACUUGCAAAUAUUAAACUUUAUGCAAAAUCAAAUACAAUUAUUUAA